UCCAAUUGAUCAAUUAAUUUGUGCGACACUUACGGUUGUUGUAGUAACUACACCCGAAGAGUAGGGACGCGGUAUCAACUUGUGUAUUUAUUCUCAUUCCGGAACUCGAAGAAGAUACUGUUAAAUAUUAACACUCGUGAGCUUGAACUUGAUUAUUAUUAACUAAUUAAUUAUUUAUUACAAAUACAAUCUAACAUAACUCUCGUAUUCAUGCAAAGUUUAGUGAAUUUAAAUUAAUGAUUUUUAACCUAAAAAGUUGAUACUUUUUUAAAGCUAUCAAUAAUUUGAGGUUAUAUCUUUGUUGACAUUCAUGUCAAUGACAUAUCAAUAUAAUAUUUUAAUAAAUAAAUAAAUAAUUUAAUCAUUAUUAACUCGAUAAAUAUAUACUCAAAAAAUGGAUUUCAAAAAACUUCAAGAAUUUGUAGAAUUAGUUGGCCGUUUGAAACACUUGAAACGGACUGGAUGGGUUUUGAAGGGUAUUUCCGAACCAGAAACUGUGGCGUCUCAUAUGUUUCGAAUGGCCAUGUUUUCAUUUCUUGUUGAUUCGACAGAAAAUUUGAAUCGAACCAAGAUAAUGCAAAUGGCUCUCAUACAUGACUUGGCUGAAUGCAUUGUUGGAGAUAUUACUCCUCAUUGUGGUGUUUCAGUUGAAGAGAAACAUAAAUUAGAAGAUAACGCCAUGGUGAAUAUAUGCCAGUUGCUGGGGAACAAAGGGCCUGAACUGCUGGAUUUGUUCAGAGAAUACGAAUUGCAAGAAUCACCAGAAGCAAAGUAUGUGAAAGACCUCGACCGUUUUGAUUUGAUUGCUCAAGCUUAUGAAUAUGAGAGGCGUGACAAAAUUCCUGGGGAACUUGAAGAAUUUUUUUCAAAUACAACUGAUAAAAUAAAUCAUCCUUUUAUUCAACAAAUGGCUGCUGAAGUUCUUCAACGGAGACAAAAUGAGAUUCUCAAUCAAAAGUGUUCAGAAAAUAAAGACUCGUAGUUUAUUGUAAAAUAUAUUUUUUUUAAAUAUAAAUUAAUAUAUAAAAAUAAUAGACAAAGAGUUGAAGUAUUUGAUAAACAAAUUAUUAAUUAUUUCAAUAAAAAGUUA